AUGGGGGUGGUGGAGGAGCAGUGUUUAUCAUGGGGGGUGGAGGAGGGAGCAGUGUUUAUCAUGGGGGUGGUGGAGGAGCAGUGUUAUCAUGGGGGUGGGAGGAGCAGUGUUUAUCAGGGGUGGUGGAGGAGCAGUGUUUAUCAUGGGGGGUGGAGCAGUGUUUAUCAUGGGGGGUGGAGCAGUGGUUUAUCAUGGGGGUUGGUGGAGGAGCAGUGUUUAUCAUGGGGGGUGGAGAGGAGCAGUGUUUAUCAUGGGGUGGUGGAGGCGCACUGUUUAUCAUGGGGGGUGGUGAGGAGCAGUGUUUAUCAUGGGGGUGGUGGAGGAGCAGUGUUUAUCAUGGGGGUGGUGGAGGAGCAGUGUUUAUCAUGGGGGUGGUGGAGGAGCAGUGUUUAUCAUGGGGGUGGUGGAGGAGCAGUGUUUAUCAUGGGGGUGGUGGAGGAGCAGUGUUUAUCAUGGGGUGGUGGAGGAGCAGUGUUUAUCAUGGGGGUGGAGGAGGAGCAGUGUUUAUCAUGGGGGUGGAGGAGGAGCAGUGUUUAUCAAGGGGGUGGUGGAGGAGCAGUGUUUAUCAUGGGGGUGGUGGAGGAGCAGUGUUUAUCAUGGGGGUGGAGGAGGAGCAGUGUUUAUCAUGGGGGUGGAGGAGGAGCAGUGUUUAUCAUGGGGGUGGAGGAGGAGCAGUGUUUAUCAUGGGGGUGGUGGUGGAGCAGUGUUUAUCAUGGGGGUGGAGCAGUGUUUAUCAUGGGGGUGGAGCAGUGUUUAUCAUGGUGGUGGUGGUAUCAGCUGGGACUCCAGGCUGUGGCGGUGUUUUCCCUCCCUAUUCUACAGUGACUUAUCUUAGGGAUGGCUACUGAUUGCUUUCCCAGUCCCCUCUCGCAAAAUGAUAUGCCCCAGCCAGCCAAUGCUCUGGUAUACAGCCAGCCAGCCAGCCAGCCAAUAAUCUGGUAUACAGCCAGCCAGCCAGCCAAUGCUCUGGUAUACAGCCAGCCAGCCAGCCAGCCAAUGCUCUGGUAUACAGCCAGCCAGCCAAUGCUUUGGUAUACAGCCAGCCAGCCAGCUAGCCAAUGAUCUGGUAUCCAGCCAGCCAAUGCUCUGGUAUACAGCCAGCCAGCCAACCAAUGCUCUGGUAUACAGCCAGUCAGCCAAUGCUCUUGUAUACAGCCAGCCAGCCAGCCAGCCAAUGCUCUGGUAUACAGCCAGCCAGCCAACCAAUGCACUGGUAUCCAGCCAGCCAAUGCUCUGGUAUACAGCCAGUCAGCCAAUGCUCUGGUAUACAGCCAGCCAGCCAGCCAGCCAAUGCUCUGGUAUACAGCCAGCCAGCCAAUGCUCUGGUAUACAGCCAGCCAGCCAGCCAGCCAAUGCUCUGGUAUACAGCCAGCCAGCCAGCCAAUGCUCUGGUAUACAGCCAGCCAACCAAUGCUCUGGUAUACAGCCAGUCAGCCAAUGCUCUGGUAUACAGCCAGUCAGCCAAUGCUCUGGUAUACAGCCAGCCAGCCAGCCAGCCAAUGCUCUGGUAUACAGCCAGCCAGCCAAUGCUCUGGUAUACAGCCAGCCAGCCAGCCAGCCAAUGCUCUGGUAUACAGCCAGCCAGCCAGCCAAUGCUCUGGUAUACAGCCAGCCAACCAAUGCUCUGGUAUACAGCCAGCCAGCCAGCCAGCCAAUGCUCUGGUAUACAGCCAGCCAGCCAACCGAUGCUCUGGUAUCCAGCCAGCCAAUGCUCUGGUAUACAGCCAGCCAGCCAACCAAUGCUCUGGUGUACAGCCAGUCAGCCAAUGCUCUGGUAUACAGCCAGCCAGCCAAUGCUCUGGUAUACAGCCAGCCAGCCAAUGCUCUGGUAUACAGCCCGCCAGCCAGCCAGCCAGCCAAUGCUCUGGUAUACAGCCAGCCAGCCAAUGCUCUGGUAUACAGCCAGUCAGCCAAUGCUGUGGUAUACAGCCAGCCAGCCAAUGCUCUGGUAUACAGCCAGCCAGCCAAUGCUCUGGUAUACAGCCAGCCAGCCAAUGCUCUGGUAUACAGCCAGCCAGCCAGCCAGCCAAUGCUCUGGUAUACAGCCAGCCAGCCAAUGCUCUGGUAUACAGCCCGCCAGCCAGCCAGCCAGCCAAUGCUCUGGUAUACAGCCAGCCAUCCAAUGCUCUGGUAUACAGCCAGUCAGCCAAUGCUGUGGUAUACAGCCAGCCAGCCAAUGCUCUGGUAUACAGCCAGCCAGCCAAUGCUCUGGUAUACAGCCAGCCAGCCAAUGCUCUGGUAUACAGCCAGCCAGCCAGCCAGCCAAUGCUGUGGUAUACAGCCAGUCAGCCAAUGCUCUGGUAUACAGCCAGCCAGCCAGCCAGCCAAUGCUCUGGUAUACAGCCAGCCAGCCAGCCAAUGCUCUGGUAUACAGCCAGCCAGCCAAUGCUCUGGUAUACAGCCAGCCAGCCAGCCAGCCAAUGCUGUGGUAUACAGCCAGUCAGCCAAUGCUCUGGUAUACAGCCAGCCAGCCAAUGCUCUGGUAUACAGCCAGCCAGCCAGCCAGCCAAUGCUGUGGUAUACAGCCAGCCAGCCAAUGCUCUGGUAUACAGCCAGCCAGCCAAUGCUCUGGUAUACAGCCAGCCAGCCAAUGCUCUGGUAUACAGCCAGCCAGCCAAUGCUCUGGUAUACAGCCAGUCAGCCAAUGCUCUGGUAUACAGCCAGCCAGCCAAUGCUCUGGUAUACAGCCAGUCAGCCAACCAAUGCUCUGGUAUACAGGUCUUAGCAUCUCUUGGAUCUGAGUCAGCUGGUGAUUAGUACUGCCUGCUCCAUAUCUGACCUGGUUUACCAAUGGAGCCACCCGGCUAUGCACUGAGACCCCCGAGCGUGCUAUAUGUGUCAAAUCACACAAUGUGCUUACGCGGCUGGGGCGUAGCAUAGCCUCUUAAUUUUGUUUUUGUGACGACGGUGGGGGAUUUGGGUUAAUCUGCUUUGAGGCACGCAGCCCCCUCGUGUUCUAUUUAAUAAUUUAAUACACAGAUAAAAACAUUGUAAAAGGGGAUGCAAACUAAAGGACCGUAGUGAUAUGUAUAGAUGGUAUGGAUAUAUGUUUAAAUACCUUACUACAUGUGCUUUUCAUUAACACCCACUUUUUAACAUCACACGCAAAUCUGGACAAUAUCCCCAUAAACUCCAGAUGUUUUUUUGUUUUUUUUUGUUUUUUGUGUCAUAAACAGGAAUUGAACAAUCGUGUAUUUAUUUGGUUACUUUGAAAUGUCUGAAGUGUUUUUUUUCCCCAAGCAUAAGCAGUGACAUGGUUUCCUGAUGUUUGGUCUGUUAGUCUAUUGGCCCACCAUGUGGACAAUAAGGCAUUACCAUGACAGCAUGUUCCGCUUUAUUGGCAGAAGACUACAGUCUUGAGUUGUCUGAGGCCUGCCUCUUGAAUAAAGAAUGGACCUUUUCACAUUGUGUUUUUAUCAGGAAUGAAGCAUCCAUGUGUUUAACCCUGACCUGUUAAUAACUGUUAUUAUCUGUUUCUCUCUCUCAGUCACAAUGGUCCCAGUUCUGUUUUUGGUGGCAACCACGAUAACGACCAAUGACACUUCCAGCGGAGACCAAUCAGGUGGUAAGUGAGACUGGUGUCAUUUACCAUAGAAUGUGCUUCUGGAGACAUACACUACGUACUGUGUAGCAAUGGUCAAACAGGCCGAUUUCUAAAACAGGUUGGACAUGUUUCCAUGACUCAGUAAAAUGUAAUAACUGUUUAUGAACAGUAAAUACACAGUAAUGCCUAAUUCUAUAUUGCAGUAUAUGCACAACUGUCUGAUAAGGUACUGUUGUGCACCCUUCCUUUGUUAUUACCGGAUCAUAGUGAAGCUGGAGUGGAUUAGUUUGGCCAGUAAUUUAUCAUGCUGUUAUCGUUUGUAAACAGGCCAAAUUGCUGGCCGGCUGUGAAGGCCUUAACAGAAGCCCUUCUCAGCUUGUUCCUGAUACUUAUCUCCCUAGACGAAGGCUACGGGCCAAAAUGGCAGCCUAUUCCCUAUAUGGUGCACUACUUUUUCCCCAGGACACAUAGGGGCUCUGGUCAAAAGUAGUGUACUAUAUAGGGAAUAGGGUGCCAUUUUGGGAUGCAGCCAAAAAAUACUGCUGAAGUCAGAUCUCAAAUCAGGCCUCCAUCCAGACCAUAAUAAUGGGCCUAGUUGCCUGCCAACCCUAAUUCCCACCACCAUCCACCAGAGCAGGGUUGUGUUCAGUAGAGACAACACGGAAGAAAACACUCUGAAGCAGAGAGCAACUAUCUGAACUAGUCCCAAUAGGAAAGGGUUGUUUUUGUUUUCCGUUGGAAAACGUUUUGCCGCAGUGUACCUUAAUGAACAUUGCCCAGCACCUGGCCUGUGCUCAACCCUCUGUAACCCCAUAGAAAUAUAAUAACUAGAGCAGCCAUUCAUGGUCUGAGGGGCUUUUGACCUGUCUAGUAAUUUUACUUCUAUACUCAACCCUCUGUUCUACCACAGGCUUCUUCCUGUUCCUUUGUUGACUCUCUCUCUGGCUGUCUGGUUGCAUCCCAAUAACCUCUCCUACCUCCUGAAGUGUGCACUCGUUCACUACACUGUGUUAUUGUAGGCAUGGGCUAGACUCGAGGGAGGUUCCAUUAUUUUUUUUUCCGAUCUAUGAAGGGAAGUGAACAAGUGCACACUCUGGGAGGAAGGAGAGAUUUCUGGGCCGUAACCUCUGCCUGUUCUUCCUCCCUCUCCUUCCAUAAGACGCCGAGUCCCAGAGUCCCCACAUCCUGCCUACCGUGCUGGUCAUCUCUGCGCUGCUUGUCAUCAGCAUACUGCUGGCGUGGUACUUCUUCAGGUAACGUACCGGUCAUAGGGUGGGGUGGUGUGUGAGAGUGUUCAGGGUGUGUGUAGCUCUGCCAGACAGAGCGAGGGCCGGGGCCAACGUGACGUCACCCUUCCUCUUCCCAAUAAGCGGAGGGCGGAGCCUCCAGUCAGGAAAUGAACCAAUAGCUGGUGCUCAUGCCUCAUGCGGGCUACAGUAAAACUGAAAACUACACAGCCAGGCAGGUUAGUAUGAACUAGCUUCAAGUCAAAGGGAGAGACCUACUGUAGCUGUAACCUAGCGGUGCUGUGUUCUGUGAUCUCGUCAACCCUGGACUCUAAUGAGAAAGAACAGCUUUUCCAGCUUCAGAUGGUACCAUACCAAUAUAUUUGUGUGUUUUAUGUAACGUAUAACUAAUGUUUUAACUUAGAACUUAGAACUGAUAGUUCUUAGAACUGAUAGUUCUUAGAACUUAGAACUGAUAGUUCUUAGAACUUAGAACUGAUAGUUCUUCGAACUAAGAACUGAUGUUUCGGAGUGAACUCGACUAAUAGUUGUAGGUAAAAGGUAUCCCUUUAUUUCCGUUUAUCGCUCGUUCUCAUGUUCUCUCUGCUCUUUCUUUCCCUCCGUCUCUCUCUCUCUACCUGGCAGGUUAAGAAACCAGAGAAAGGAGGUCGUCAUAACAGUCGACAAGAAAAUACCAAAUGGAAUCCUGGAAGAACAAGGUACGGUAACCUUUAAUAAUUCGUUUCUAUCUUUAUUAUAUAAUUUAUCCUUUAUUCAACCAGGGAAGUCGCAUUGAGAUAUACUUUUUUUUUUUUUUCAAGUCAGCCCUGGGUUGAAGAACAAUGUCAAACUUUGAAUGAUUUGUUUUUUACACAUACAGCGUUUGUCGAGAGGAGACAAUCGAAAGAGUUUUUAAUGUCAACCUGUAGGUUGAGGAGUCCCGUCACUGUCAUGUGGUUGUUGUCUGUCUUCCUGUGGUUACGGAUGCGAAGGAGAGAUCUGAUAGAUAGUUGUCUAACUUGCAUCAACUAAGAAGUCCCGAUCUACAUGGCAGUAGCCGAUGCUCCACUAAGGCGUGUCAACAUGAUAAGCGCUCCACAUGGUUUCUUCAAUACUGUUGCUGUGUUAAAUACACAUUUAUAAAAACAGGCAGCCAUCGUUACAUCUAUUAUUAAUAAUAAUAUCACUGUAAUAAUACUUUUAUUAGCUGCGUUGUUUGACACAUAUGGGAAGUGUUUGUUUUGCGAUAUCAAACAUUACAAUAGUUGGAGUUAGUGGAAACAUUGUGUACAUUCAAAGGACUUGAUUUAAAUUUUACAUUUUUAUAUUUUACUUGAUAUACUCAUAAGAACAUGUUAUGAGUAUCCUUUCUCAAUCUGGAAUAUCUUAUCAAACAACACAAUUUAAAGUAUGGAGGAUGGAGCAUGCUCCCUAUAGCCUGUCCUAAUAACAACACUAAGUUCCUGAUCAGAAUAUAACUGGAGUAUGGAGCAUGCUCCCUAUAGCCUGUCCUAAUAGCAACGCUAAGUUCCUGAUCAGAAUAUAACUGGAGUAUGGAGCAGGCUUCCUAUAGCCUGUCCUAAUAGCAACACUAAGUUCCUGAUCAGAAUAUAACUGGAGUAUGGAGCAUGCUCCCUAUAGCCUGUCCUAAUAGCAACACUAAGUUCCUGAUCAGAAUAUAACUGGAGUAUGGAGCAGGCUCCCUAUAGCCUGUCCUAAUAGCAACACUAAGUUCCUGAUCAGAAUAAAGCUGGGAUAUUGUUUAAUUGACACGAGCAGCCAAUGCGCAUGCCCAGGCUUGUAACCACUGAGCUCCUCUGGUCUCCUCUGGUCAAACACUUUUAUCAGAAGGUUUACAGUGGAAUGUGUGUAUGUGUGUGUGUAUGUGUGUAUGUGUAUGUGUGUUUGUGUUUGUGUUUGUGUGUUUAUUUUGGCACAUUGACAAUGAGGUUAACAAGACUAAGGUUCUUUCUUGAGGAUUUUCACUCUGCAGAAGUAUGAAGCUAUUUCCUGUACGGUGCCUCUAUGUUGUGGCAGAAAUAUAUGAAUAACCAUCUGAUUGACUUGUGGAGCAACCUACUGUAGGACAUUUUGUCACAAUAUGUAACUGUCUGUUACCUUGUGUUUGUCAACCCAUCCCCACGGUGUACAGGCGAUAUCGUUGACAUCAUAGACAUCUCAGAGGCGUUAAACACACCAGGUCAGGUAUACGGUGUGUAGCCAUAAUCGGUACCUGGGUCCGGUUCGCUCAUGUCACUAACAAACCUCUUCCAGGGCAUUGUGGGCUUUGACUUCUCUCAAAUUCUGCUCUAACAAAAGCUUCCCACAGUAUUGUUGCAAGGGGGAUGCCAACAGAGUGCUCUGUGCUGUAGUGUUGCUGGGCUUUGUGAUGCUGGCUCUGGGGACAGUGACAUUUUAACAACUAGUGGCGUUCAUUGGACCAAUAAACGUAUAUCACUCGUGUAGAGUGUCUAGAUUUAAAUUAGAUCUAAAGGAACUAGCAUUUGAAAUCAGUGUGUAUUGCACAUAUACAGUGGGGAAAAAAAGUAAUUAGUCAGCCACCAAUUGUGCAAGUUCCCCCACUUAAAAAGAUGAGAGAGGCCUGUAAUUUUCAUCAUAGGUACACGUCAACUAUGACAGACAAAUUGAGAAAAAGAAAUCCAGAAAAUCACAUUGUAGGAUUUUUUAUGAAUUUGUUUGCAAAUUAUGGUGGAAAAUAAGUAUUUGGUCACCUACAAACAAGCAAGAUUUCUGGCUCUCACAGACCUGUAACUUCUUCUUUAAGAGGCUCCUCUGUCCUCCACUCGUUACCUGUAUUAAUGGCACCUGUUUGAACUUGUUAUCAGUAUAAAAGACACCUGUCCACAACCUCAAACAGUCACACUCCAAACUCCACUAUGGCCAAGACCAAAGAGCUGUCAAAGGACACCAGAAACAAAAUUGUAGACCUGCACCAGGCUGGGAAGACUGAAUCUGCAAUAGGUAAGCAGCUUGGUUCGAAGAAAUCAACUGUGGGAGCAAUUAUUAGGAAAUGGAAGACAUACAAGACCACUGAUAAUCUCAGUCGAUCUGGGGCUCCACGCAAGAUCUCACCCCGUGGGGUCAAAAUGAUCACAAGAACCGUGAGCAAAAAUCCCAGAACCACACGGGGGGACCUAGUGAAUGACCAGCAGAGAGCUGGGACCAAAGUAACAAAGCCUACCAUCAGUAACACACUACGCCGCCAGGGACUCAAAUCCUGCAGUGCCAGACGUGUCCCCCUGCUUAAGCCAGUACAUGUCCAGGCCCGUCUGAAGUUUGCUAGAGUGCAUUUGGAUGAUCCAGAAGAGGAUUGGGAGAAUGUCAUAAUGUCAGAUGAAACCAAAAUAUAACUUUUUGGUAAAAACUCAACUCGUCGUGUUUGGAGGACAAAGAAUGCUGAGUUGCAUUCAAAGAACACCAUACCUACUGUGAAGCAUGGGGGUGGAAACAUCAUGCUUUGGGGCUGUUUUUCUGCAAAGGGACCAGGACGACUGAUCCAUGUAAAGGAAAGAAUGAAUGGGGCCAUGUAUUGUGAGAUUUUGAGUGAAAACCUCCUUCCAUCAGCAAGGGCAUUGAAGAUGAAACGUGGCUGUGUCUUUCAGCAUGACAAUGAUCCCAAACACACCGCCCGGGCAACGAAGGAGUGGCUUCGUAAGAAGCAUUUCAAGGUCCUGGAGUGGCCUAGCCAGUCUCCAGAUCUCAACCCCAUAGAAAAUCUUUGGAGGGAGUUGAAAGUCUGUGUUGCCCAGCGACAGCCCCAAAACAUCACUGCUCUAGAGGAGAUCUGCAUGGAGGAAUGGGCCAAAAUACCAGCAACAGUGUGUGAAAACCUUGUGAAGACUUACAGAAAACGUUUGACCUGUGUCAUUGCCAACAAAGUGUAUAUAACAAAGUAUUGAGAAACUUUUGUUACUGACCAAAUACUUAUUUUCCACCAUAAUUUGCAAAUAAAUUCAUUAAAAAUCCUACAAUGUGAUUUUCUGGAUUUUUUUUCCUCAUUUUGUCUGUCAUAGAUGACGUGUACCUAUGAUGAAAAUUACAGGCCUCUCUCAUCUUUUUAAGUGGGAGAACGUGCACAAUUGGUGGCUGACUAAAUACUUUUUUCCCCCACUGUAGUAUUUAAUACAAUGAUUUCAAUAUAUAAAUGGAUGUCUAUGUUCAUCAUCAUCAAUCUGAUCAUAGAUUAGCUUUCUCUUGGAUCCUUUAGGACGAUCAUUUCAUCCAUCGCUACGAUGAUCGUCCUAAAGGUUCAACCUAAUAAUUUGUCUGUAAAUGUUGUCUCUAAAUUGUGCUUCUCCGGCACUUCUCUGUGCCAGCCAGUGGUAGAUGUUACCAAUCUUCACCAAUUCCUCUCAAUUGAACCGCGUUCUCCAUCUCUCAUCUCUCGCUCUCUCUUCUCUCUCUCUCUAUCUCUUCUCUCUCUCUCUUUCCUCUCUCUUCAUCUCUCUCAUUCUCUCUCUAUUUUCUCUCCUUUUCUCUUUCUCUUUCUCUUUCUCUUUCUCUUUCUCUUCUCUUUCUCUGUCUCUGUCUCUGUCUCUCUCUUCUCUCUCUCUUUCUCAUUUCAAUUCAAAGGAGCUUUAUUGGCAUGGGAAACAUAUGAAAUAAAACAUCUGAAAUGAACAGUAAAAUAUUACACUCACAAGAGUUUCAAAAGAAUAGAGACAUUUCAACUGUUGUAUUGCUGUCCUAUGUACAGUGGUGUAAGAAUGUGUAAAUAGUUGAAGGACCAAUAGGAAAAUAAAUAAACAUAAAUAUGGGUUGUAUUUACAAUAGUGUUUGUUCUUCACUGGUUGCCCUUUUCUUGUGGCAACAGGUCACAAAUCUUGCUGCUGUGGUGGCACACUGUGGUAUUUCACCUAAAAGAGAUAGUAAUUUCACAUUCUUUGUGGGUCUAUGUAAUCUGAGGGAAAUAUGUGUCUCUAAUAUGGUCAUACAUUUGGCAGGAGGUUAGGAAGUGCAGCUCAGUCUCCACCUCAUGUUGUGGGCAGUGUGCUUCUGUGUACUCUAGGAGGGAGGGACAAGAUGCCGUAAGCCUGGGGGUUGGUUAUAGCAUGCGCUGAUCGUGCAUCGCUCUCUUCUUUGAGAGCGUGGAAAAAGAGAGAGAGGAGAGAAGAGAGAGCCUAAAACCCUCUCUCUCUCUCUCUCGCUCUCUCUCUCUCUCGCUCUAGUUCCCGCCGCUCUCUCUCUAGCCUAGCUGAUCUCGUCUCUAUGAUCGCGCGAUCGCUCUCCGCUUGUCUCUCUCUUCCUCUCUCUCGCUCUAUCUCUCUCUCUGCAGCGCGCGAGCGACAGUAGCUCGAUCGCGGGAACGGCAAGCGGGCGCGCGCGCGCUCGACAGAGAGAGAGGCGCGAGCGCGCGCGGGCGCGAGCGGGACCACGGAGAGAGGGCACAAGCGGAGCAGAGAGAAAACAGACACACAAGCGCGGGGAGGGAAGAGCAGCGAAGGAGAGAGAGAGCGGGAACAGAGAGCGAGCUGGAACGGAGAGAUCGCUCGCGCGCGAGAUAGUCUAGGACAGAGAGAGAGAAGAGAGAAGAGAGACAGAGAGAGAGAGAGAGCGCGAGAGAGGAGAGAGGUGGGAAAGGGAACAGAGCAGGAGAAGAGAGAGAGAGAGGGAGAAGAGAAAGAGAGAAGAGAGCGAGAGAGAGAGAGAGAGAGAGAGAGAGAGAGAGGGAGGAGAGGGAGAGAGAGGAGAGCGAAAAUAGCAAAGCAACAAACCCAAGAAAGACGGGAAAGAGAGCAGAGAGGAGAAGGAAGAGGGAUAAGAGAGAGAGAGAGGAGAUAGGCGAGAGAGAGCGGGAGAGGAGAGAGAGAGAGAUAGAGAGAAGGAGAGAGAGAGGGAGAGCGAGCGAGAGCGAGAAGACGAGAAAGGGAGAAGAGGAGAGCGAGAGAAAAAAAAAAAGAGAGAGGAGAAACCCAAAGAGAGAGACCAAGAGAGCGAGAGAGAGAGAGGCACCAUAGCUCUCUCCUUCCCUCUCUCUCUCUCUCUCUCUCUCUCUCUUCUCUCUCUCUCUAUCUCUCUCUCUAUCUCUCUCUCUCUCUCUCUCUCUCUCUCUCUCUCUCUCCCUCACCACCACUUCCACCUUUUUCGAGCAACAAACUGAACCUGUCUUCUCUCUCCCCCCCCCUCCCCCCCUCCUCCCCCACAGAGCAAGUGGUGCUGCUCCCCAGGUCCCCCUCUGCCUCUAAAACCUACUCCCCCAUCCCAGUCGACUGUCUGGAGGAGGAGACCAGGAUACGAUCCGCUGACGACGGCAAACUCUUCAGAGAGGAGUUCAAUGUAAGGACUAAUCCUCUACUACAACUACCGUCCUAGUGCUGUAAUCAGUUAUAGACAAACUGGUCAGAGAGGAGUUCAAUGUUGGCAGUGGUGGAAAAAGUACCCAAUUGUCAUACUUGAGUAAAAGUAUAGAUACCUUAAUAGAAAGUUACUCAAGUAAAAAGUGAAAGUUACCCAGGAAAAUAGUACUUGAGUAAAAGUCUAAAAGUAUUUGGUUUUAAAUAUACUUAAGUAUCAAAAGUACAUGUAAUUGCUCAAAUAUACUUAAGUAUCAAAUAUAGAAGUAAAAGUAUAAAUCAUUUCUAAUUCCUUAUAUUAAGCAAAGCAGACGGCUCCAUUAUCUUGUUUUUAAAAUUUGCAGAUAGCCAGAGGCACACUCCAACACUCAGACAUUAUUUACAAAAGAUGCAUGUGUGUUUUAGUGAGUCCUCCAGAUUAGAGGCAGUAGGGAUGACCACGUGUUCUCUUGAUAAGUGUGUGAAUUGGACCAUUUUCCUGUCCUGCUAAGCAUUCAAAAUGUAAUGAGUACUUUUGGUUGUCAGGGAAAAUGUAUGGAGGAAAAAGUACAAUAUUUUCUUUAGGAAUGUAGUGAAGUAAAAGUUGUCAAAAAUCUAAAUAGUAAAGGGGCGGCAGGUAGCUUAGUGGUUAAGAGCGUUGUGCCAGUAACCGAAAGGUCGCUGGUUCUAAUCCCUGAGCCGACUAGGUGAAAAAUCUGUCGAUGUGCCCUUGAGCAAGGCACUUACCCCUAAUUGCUCCGAAUAAGAGCGUCUGCUAAAUGACCCAAAAAAAAAAAAACGACUUAAGUAGUAUUUUUACACCACUGAAUGUAGGUGCCCUCCCGUCUGGUACUCUCAGUAGAUGAAUGUACAUUUGACAUUUUAGUCAUUUAGCAGACGCUCUUAUCCAGAGCGACUUACAGUUAGUGAGUGCAUACAUCAUUUAUUUUUAUACUGGCCCCCAAUGGGAAUCGAACCCACAACCCUGGCGUUGCAAACGCCGUGCUAUACAUCCCUGCCGGCAAUUCCCUCCCCUACCCUGGACAAAUUGUGCGCCGCCCCAUGGGUCUCCCGGUUGCGGCCGGCUACGACAGAGCCUGGAUUCGAACCAGGAUCUCUAGUGGCACAGCUAGCACUGCGAUGCAGUGCCUUAGACCACUGCGUCACUCGGGAGACUGGAUGUACUGCUGCUCUCCUAAUACUUUACUCAGUAUUAGCUGACAACGGCUGUUCAGGGAGGAGUUCAAUGUGAGUGUAACCCUCUCUCUCCUCUACUGAUCUCAGUGCUGCUACAGCAGUAAUGUACUCAGUAAAUGGCCUCUCUGCCUGUCUGUCUCUCUGUCUGUCUGCCUGUCUGUCUGUCUGUCUCUCUGUCUGUCUGUCUGUCUGUCUGUCUGUCUGUCUGCCUGUCUGUCUGUCUCUCUGUCUGUCUGCCUGUCUGUCUGUCUGUCUCUCUGUCUGUCUGCCUGUCUGUGGAUGAAAGAUGAAAUGGUCCUUAGGGCGCCACUGUAGGAUGACUGUACAAUGUUGGAUUGGACAUUGAAUUGAUAUCAGAAUCUGAGUGGUAGAAUGUACUGUUAGGAUUUCAUUUUGAUCAAGUAAGGAUACUCAGCCACAUUGUUGGACCCUGUAUGGUUUGAUAUCUGGAGGAAAUGAGGAAAAUGAUAGUGGUUCAUCAUGUGUCAUCAUGUAUGACUCAUUGAUAAAAUGUCCCUGUGUUCUAUUUGGGGUUGAUGAUUCAGAGGGGUAUAUCCGUGGACGUCCAAACACAGCCUUUGGAGUUUAUGAUUCAGGAUGAUUCAGGAACUUUGGACCAUAGGAUCAACUCUUUGUGGGAGGUUGUCUGCGUAGAGGAAGUUUACGUCGGUCACUGUUAAUGGGACUAGAGGUAGCUUAGGUUAAGGUAGCUUAGCGGUUAAGAGCGUUGUGCCAGUAAACGAAAGGUCGCUGGUUCUAAUCCCCGAGCCGACUAGGUGAAAAAUCUGUCGAUGUGCCCUUGAGCAAGGCACUUACCCUAAUUCCACUGUAAGUCGCUCUGGAUAAGAGCGUCUGCUAAAAAUGACUAAAAUGUAAAAAUGUAGAGGUUGUACAGGAAGCGUCUAUAUAGUGCUUUAACAAAGACCUAUAGGUUACGCUAUACAAUGCACAUACUCUGCCUGCAAGCAGGGCCUAUGUAAAACUGGUAAGCUGAUACGGAUGGUAUAUUGGCCCUCCUGUAGCUCAGUUGGGAGAGCAUGGCGCUUGCAACGCAAGGGUUGUGGGUUCGAUUCCCACAGGGGGGCCGGUAUGAAAAAUGUAUGCACUCACUAAUUGGAAGUCGCUCUGGAAAAGAGUGUCUGCUAAAUGACUAAAAUGUCAAUGUAAUGUUAUGCAAACCGUUGAACCACAUGUUAGAAGUGGCGGUUGAUUCAAGUUUCAACGUUUAUUCGUCACGUGCACAGGAUACAACAGGUGUAAAACAGGACAGUGCAGCUUAGCCUGGUCCCAGAUCUGUUUGUGCUGUGGUCGUCCUACGGUUGUUGUCACAAACAGAUCUGGGAUCGGCCUGGUGUUACUGGCUAACUGGCUGACUGUGACUGCCUGACUGACUGGCUGGCUAACUUACUGACUGGCUGGCUAACUGGCUGACUGGCUGGCUAACUGGCUGACUGACUGGCUAACUGGCUGACUGUUACUGACUGACUGGCUAACUUACUGACUGACUGGCUAACUGGCUGUGUCAAGGGGUGCUGAAGGUGGGUGUGGUGCAGGAAUCAAGCGCAGGAUGCAGAAGCUAAGUCCAAAAGACUUUAGUGAGUUAUUCACGUAGUACCCGAGAACAAUAAGCCCGGAGGCGAAAUAACGGCGCACACAGGCGUCAAACAAAAGGCGCACUAACAUGUGCGAAAACCUCUCCAAACACGGAGGGAAGAUACGUAGCUCAGAACACCAAACAGAGGAGCAAUCACAUACACACACAACGAGAACUAAAUAGGACACUAAUGAGGACUAACUAGACACCGGUGUACAACAUCCAGACAAAACCAAACGAACAUGAAACAUAGAUCGGUGGCAGCUAGUACUCCGGGGACGACGACCGCCGAAACCUGCCCGAACAAGGAGGAGGAGCAGCCUCGGCCGAAACCGUGACAGGCUGACUGUGAAUGGCUGUCUGGCUGGCUGUGACUGACUGACUGUGGUGUGUUCUGUUUUGUUUUCAGUCAUUGCCUGCUGGAUAUACCCAGGGGACAUGUGAGGAGGCCAACAAGGAAGUCAACAAAGAAAAGAACAGAUAUCCCAACAUCCUUCCAUGUGAGGCUCCAGCUCGUUCUCUCUAGAUUCAUAUCAUUAACUAGUGUGAAAAGAUCAUGUUGAUAGUCGUUUGGAGCCACACCUUCUCUGUGUGUAGAAAGCAACAUUUCCUGUGUGUAUAUAUAUAUAUAUAUAUAUUUGCAGAGCAUUAGUCAAAGUUAUUUUGGCAUCGGUCAGUGACGUGUAAACAUAGCAGCGGUAGUUCUAUAGCCUCACAGAAUCUCUUCUCUUUCUGCCUGCACUCUUCUUCCUUUUGACAGUUUCACUUCCUCUUUGUCUAUUCAUUCAUUAACCCUGAGGCAUGAGUCCAUUUUAUAUAUACCGAGACCAGGCUGCAAUUUUGUCAUCUUUGCUCCGACUUUUAGGAUCUAUUCAAUACAUAAUGAAUAGAGAUCAAGGAACUGUCUUUACACACAUUUGACCAGUUUUACCUACUGGAAUUGUUUGUCCAAAAUGUUGUGUAGAAUGCCCUAAACUGUCCAUGUCUUGUAAACAGAUGACCAUUCCAGGGUGGUGUUAACACAGCUAGAUGGAAACCUCUGUUCGGACUACAUCAACGCUUCAUAUAUCGAUGUGAGUUGGGGAUCUAGAUUUUUUAUUUGUGUUCUUGGUAGGCCUAAAUAAGCACAUGCUGGUUGAGGCUGGGAUAAUAUAUAUAUAUAUAAUAAUAUUAAUUAGAAAUCAUAUAUACAGUUGAAGUCGGAAGUUUACAUACACCUUAGCUAAAUACAUUUAAACUCAGUUUUUUCACAAUUCCUGACAUUUAAUCCUAGUAAAAAUUCCCUGUCUUAGGUCAGUUAGGAUCACCACUUUAUUUUAAGAAUGUGAAAUGUCAGAAUAAUAGUAGAGAGAAUUAUUUAUUUCAGCUUUUAUUGCUUUCAUCACAUUCCCAGUGGGUCAGAAGUUUACAUACACUCAAUUAGUAUUUGGUAGCAUUGCCUUUAAAUUGUUUAACUUGGGUCAAACGUUUCGGGUAGCCUUCCACAAGCUUCCCACAAUAAGUUGGGUGAAUUUUGGCCCAUUCCUCCUGACAGAGCUGGUGUAACUGAGUCAGGUUUGUAGGUCUCCUUGCUCGCACACACUUUUUCAGUUCUGCCCGCACAUUUUCUAUAGGCUUGAGGUCAGGGCUUUGUGAUGGCCACUCCAAUACCUUGACUUUGUUGUCCUUAAGCCAUUUUGCCACAACUUUGGAAGUAUGCUUGGGGUCAUUGUCCAUUUGGAAGACCCAUUUGCGACCAAGCUUGAACUUCCUGACUGAUGUCUUGAGAUGUUGCUUCAAUAUAUCCACAUAAUUUUCCUUCCUCAUGAUGCCAUCUAUUUUGUGAAGUGCACCAGUCCCCUUCUGCAGCAAAGCAGCCCCCACAGCAUGAUGCUGCCACCCCCGUGCUUCACGGUUGGGAUGGUGUUCUUCGGCUUGCAAGCCUUCCCCUUUUUCCUCCAAACAUAACGAUGGUCAUUAUGGCCAAACAGUUCUAUUUUUGUUUCAUCAGACCAGAGGACAUUUCUCCAAAAAUUACGAUCUUUGUCCCCAUGUGCAGUUGCAAACCGUAGUCUGGCUUUUUUAUGGCGGUUUUGGAGCAGUGGCUUCUUCCUUGCUGAGCAGCCUUUCAGGUUAUGUCGAUAUAGGACUCGUUUUACUGUGGAUAUAGAUACUUUUGUACCUGUUUCCUCCAGCAUCUUCACAAGGUCCUUUGCUGUUGUUCUGGGAUUGAUUUGCACUUUUCACACCAAAGUACGUUCAUCUCUAGGAGACAGAACGUGUCUCCUUCCUGAGCAGUAUGACGGCUGCGUAGUCCCAUGGUGUUUAUACUUGCAUAGUAUUGUUUGUACAGAUGAACGUGGUAUCUGGAUGAACCAGACUUGUGGAGGUCUUGGCUGAUUUAUUUUGAUUUUCCCAUGAUGUCAAGCAAAGAGGCACUGAGUUUGAAGAUGAGCCUUGAAAUGCAUCCACAGGUACACCUCAAAUUGACUCAAAUGAUGUCAAUUAGCCUAUCAGAAGCUUCUAAAGCCAUGACAUCAUUUUCUGGAAUUUUCCAAGCUGUUUAAAGGCACAGUCAACUUAGUGUACGUAAACUUCUGACCCACUGGAAUUGUGAUACAGUGAAUUAUAAGUGAUAUAAUCUGUCUGUAAACAAUUGUUGGAAAAAUUACUUGUGUCAUGCACAAAGUAGAUGUCCUAACCGACUUGCCAAAACUAUAGUUUGUUAACAAGAAAGGUGUGGAGUGGUUGAAAAACGAGUUUUAAUGACUCCAACCUAAGUGUAUGUAAACUUCCGACUUCAACUGUAUCAGUAUAUUAUAGAAUAUUUCAUGUUAUUAUUUCAACCGAAACAAGACCAGUUUUCUUUGUAAUGUUAUUAAUUAACAGUGUUUUUUUUCUUUCUUUGUUAGGGCUACACGGACAAAAACAAAUUCAUUGCAGCACAAGGUAAGGAAAUGGAUGUUGUGGUGCAGCAAAUAUCUGAUUAAAGUGUCAGGUGUGUCUUCCAAAUGUAAUAAGACAAGAAAAUAAUGAUCACUUUUAAUAAUAUAAUAAUAUGCCAUUUAGCAGACGCUUUUAUCCAAAGCGACUUACAGUCACGUGUGCAUACAUUUUUACGUAUGUGUGGUCCCGGGGAUCGAACCCACUACCCUGGCGUUACAAGCACCGUGCCUCUACCAGCUGAGCUACAGAGGACCACUUUGCAUUUUCUGAUGUGUGUGCUGGUGCAGUAUGUCAACAGAGAUGGAUGGGUUAAUGAGGUCAAUGCGCUGUUGUGUUCCAGGUCCAAAACAAGACACAGUAGCAGACUUCUGGAGGAUGAUAUGGGAACAGAAGACAGCCACUAUCGUCAUGCUGACCAACCUGAAAGAGAGGAAAGAGGUGAGUGGUUACUUUCUCACUUUUAGAGUGUAGCACACUGUCACUUUCACUUUGCUUUGAGUUUCUCUAUAAUGUUAUACCAGCACCAGAAAUACAUUCACUUGGGGGAGAGGACACUAGGACGGCUACACGAAGACACCAACACGACGCCGACAGGACGACGGACACGAAUACGAGCGACGACACACCAACACAAGCCGAGCGGACGACGACACGAAGACGAGAUGACGACGACACGAAGCCGAGAGGACGACUGACACGAAGACUAGAGGAGACGACACGAAGCCGAGAGGACGAAGACACGAAGGCCGAGAGGACGACGACUACGAAGGACUAGAGGACGGUACGAGCACGAAGCCGAGAGGCCGACGACACCAACCACAAGCCGACAGGAGACGAACGAAGCCGAGAGGGACGACGACACGAAGCCGAGAGGAGGACGACACGAAGACGAGAGGAGGACGACACGAAGAGGAGAGGACACGACACCAAAAACGAAGCCGAGAGGACGCGACACGAGAAGAAGGCGAGAGGAGACGACACAAACACGAAGCCUAGAGGAGACGAAUUGAAGCCGAAGAGGCCGACGGACACCAACACGAAGCCAGAGGACGACGACACGAACACAAUCCGAGGACGACUACACCAAGACGAAGCGAGAGGACGAGACAUCGAAGUGUACGAAGCCGUAUGACACGACAGAAGUACGAAGCCGAUAGUACUACGACACUAGAUAAGGACGGAGAGGAGACUACACCAAUACUAAUCAUAUAUACUACGACCUAAUACUAAUCCUAUAGGAUACUUACCACUAAUACUAACCGAUAUUAAUGUACUACACGAAUACUAAUUCCGAUAUGACGACUGACACUAAUCAUAGAGUACUACUACCACCAAACACUAAUCCUAUGUUACUACUACACUAAUCCUAUAUUACUACUACACUAAUACUAUAUACCUACUACACCAACACUAAUCCUAUAUUACUACUACACUAAUACUAAUCCUAUAUUACUACUACACUAACACAUUGCUGCUACACUUGUCUUUGCCAGAGUGCCCUCAAGCCUCAAGUCAAGCCAUCCAUUUCCACUUCGGUCUCACUUCCCAAUCUCUCCUUAAACAGAAGAGGUCAUCUGUCUCCAUGUGUACUCUCCCCUGUGACCAGUCCCGAGGAGCUUUGAGAGAGAGAGAGAGAGAGAGAGAGAGAGAGAGAGAGAUCAAUAAAAACAGAAAGGAAAGGAGAUUAAAAUCAGCUUUUGUGCGGCUCUGAAUCGAUGAUUAAAUAGUGGCUAAUAAAGACCUCUGAGUCUUUAUCAUAAUUAGUCAUCAAACUCUCAUUAAGUGGUUUUAGACUGGCUAAUUCUGAUUGACUGGCAUUCUUUACUGCACUCAGUGUCUUACAAGUCACCUUUAGGAUGGUGAUGCAUUCAAUACACACAGGGAGGGAGCCAGGCCCUUCUGUCGCCCUAGGCCAGGCCUCCUAUACCCCGCAAAUCUAGAAUAGUCCCAGUAAGCAAAAUUAUGUUGAAAAGACAUCUAAAAUAGGUAUUUUCCAGACAUUGAAGUUAGGUUCAUUAAGGUUCUGAUUUGGUUCGGUCUGGACCAGCCUUGAUUUGCUCCAAACAUUGACGUCUAUGAUUGGCUCAGAUUUGGUCCAAUCAAGGCUGGUCCAAUCAAGGCUGGUCCUACCGCAUCAAAUCUGAACCAAGUAUAGACGUCAAUGAUUGGUUCAAGGCCAGUCCGGACCUCACAAAGAAACCACACAAAAAAGACGCCGGGACAGGACCAGAAAAAAUACUUCCAAAAAGCAUUGGCGUCUGUCUGUGCUUACUGCGGUGUUGCCUACAGUGUCAAUUGUAUGAAUGCCCAUCCUUGUGGUAGACCUACCGUUAUUAGUCAUGAUUCCUGUGACUAAUCAAUUCGGCUAUUUGUGACUCGUUUCAGGAAACUAGGUGUAUUGUCGGGUGUCACUAAUUCACAGGAGAGCCAUUUGAACAAAAUGCAUUUUUUUUGGCAGAAAUGCCUUCUGGAACAUGUGAACUUUCAUGUGCCUUAAUAACAAACUUGUAUACCAUCUGAAAAUACAAAUACAGUUGUAAAAUUAUGAGCCUAGUUGGUUUAGCCACGGAAAAAGACAGCAACAUUCCCGCUAGCCAUGAUUGGCUGAGAUAAUGAGUGGGCUGGACAUGCCGAGAGAUGAGUUCGGAUUGGUCUGCCAUGAAUGUAGCAUGCUUCUGUCUAUAACAUGAGCUGGUCAGUAUGUGUAGGUCAUCCUUUCUAAUGCGGCUUUUUUGAAAGAUAUCACUUAAUAGAACUGCAUAAGUGUUGCUCUCCACUUUUUGGAGGACUGAGUUUUGGAAUCAGUGGAAUUAGAGUAUGAUAGCUAAGGAGAUGGAGAAAAUUAUGGCAUUUGAUUGCAAAUAUGCAGACGGAGUCGAAAAGAGAACACACAGAAGGCUGUUGUAUAAAACAUCAGUCUCCGGAUUACAUCUUCAAACUAAGGGCAACCGUGGCAUCCGUGACAGAGAGGGAGAAACGUUCCAUUCAUGUAUACGGGUAAGACAGUCUAGCUAGCUAAAUUUUCAGAUAUUACACGUUUCUAAUUAUGUCAGAAAGUCGUUUUCAUUUUAAGUUAAAAUGUACUGUUAGCUAGCUAGCUAACGUUAGCUGGCUGGCUCGCUAGCUAACGUUACAUGUCUGAUCUGUGUAGUAAUAUUAUUCGUAUCUCAGAGCCAUUUGCAUUGCUAGUUAUAGCCUAAUGUUAGCUAGCUAACGUUGAACCUGGUUGGUUAGCUACCUGCAUAUUCAUGCAGGGUUAGUAAUGUUAUGAGUUGGGAUUAUGGUUCAUUGUUUAGCUAGCUAGCUAGCUACAUGUCUAAACAAAACUGUGCAAAUAACCAGUUAACAAUAGAAUGUUCAUGAUGUCACUGCGACAACUGUCGAUAGACGUAGCUGGUAAAUUCGCUCUGGCUAUCUACUCCUAUUUCAGAGUACUCUCAUCUGAGUGUGCCAGAUCGCAGAAUAACCGACAAAUGUACGAACGCUCAACACCCGUUGAGUAUGGCCGGUGUCAGUAAACGUUGGCAAAAAAGCGUAAUUAAGUUGUUGCCAGCAGCACAGUUGCAGUCACCAACGCUCUGGAUAUCAUAAAAAAAGCCUAACCAGCUCUGCUAGGAUGAUUAAAAUGGUCAGAGUGAGCUGUUCUCUCAUUUGUGUCUGGAAGUAGCUAGCAAACUAGCCAACGUUAGCCAGUUAGCUUGGGUGCUUGACUGCUGUUGUUACGUCAGAACGCUCAGAUCAACCCUACUCCUCGGCCGGAGCGUCCAGUGUGCGCUCUGAACGCUCCGAGAGCGAAACGCUCUGAAUUUCUGAACGGCCAAUCUGACAACGCUCUGAGUUUACGAACACUCUGGCACUCCAGAUUAAAUGUUCGAAUACACCCGUAGUAUAAACCAGCCUUUAGUCUCCACCCGUAGUAUAAACCAGCCUUUAGUCUCCACCCGUAGUAUAAACCAGCCUUUAGUCUCCACCCGUAGUAUAAACCAGCCUUUAGUCUCCACCCGUAGUAUAAACCAGCCUUUAGUCUCCACCCGUAGUAUAAACCAGCCUUUAGUCUCCACCCGUAGUAUAAACCAGCCUUUAGUCUCCACCCGUAGUAUAAACCAGCCUUUAGUCUCCACCCGUAGUAUAAACCAGCCUUUAGUCUCCACCCGUAGUAUAAACCAGCCUUUAGUCUCCACCCGUAGUAUAAACCAGCCUUUAGUCUCCACCCGUAGUAUAAACCAGCCUUUAGUCUCCACCCGUAGUAUAAACCAGCCUUUAGUCUCCACCCGUAGUAUAAACCAGCCUUUAGUCUUGAAAUCUUUGGUUGUUUAGUACAUGGCCUCACAUGGGAAUCCUUAAAGAGAUGGGUGGGUCUAAAGCUUAAGAAGGUGUGAACGAUGCUGAAUGGGUGUAGACAAAGAAGAGCUCUCCAGUAGGUGUACCAAAACAUUCAAGGGCUAUUUUCUCAAAAGUGAUUUUACAAGUUUAUCAACUUUCAAAGCAGAAUUACUUUCCCAGUGUUCCUCAACUGUAGUGUACGAUGUACCUUUUUUUUUUGCUCUGGGUCUCUACUUUUAUCCGAUGUAAAAAAAUAAAAAUAAAAAGAGAGAGAGAGAGAGAGAGAGAGAGAGUGGUGAGAGAGAGAGAGAGAGAGUGUGAGAGAGAGAGUGUGAGAGAGAGUGUGAGAGAGAGAGAGAGAGAGAGAGAGAGAGAGAGAGAGAGUUGAGAGAGAGAGUGUGAGAGAGAGAGUGUGAGAGAGAGAGUGUAGAGAGGAGAGAGAGAGAGAGAGAGAGAGAGAGAGAGAGAGAGAGAGAGGGGUGUGUGCACUUUUUUUUUAUGUGUUUACCCAGCAGGAAAUGCAAAAGUAAUUUCUUUUUCACUAUGCCUGUAGGCUACAGAAAAGGCCACAUACUCUUUCUACCAUAGGCUAUAUCUGCUACAUGAUUUACGUUCGAUAAUAUUUUUGACGGAAUGUUGGUGGUGCGCAGCAGCGAUGCGUCUCUCCAACAGCACCCUGGAGAGGCAUGCUGGGAUAUGGACAAGCAAACAUAUUUUUGCGCCCCUGCCUUUAACAAAGUGGGCACCGCUUAUCACAGGGCGGCAUCAGCGCUCGCCUAAAAAGCCCAUAUGCCACUGGUUGAGAUACAUUGUCAUUAUUUUGGGGCAGAAUUGUGUGAGGUUUUAUGUGUUGCUGGAUGGUCAGAUUCACUUGGAAGAUGCUGCCCUUGUCAAUCUGCUGCCAUAGGUGGCCACCUAAUCCUGUCUAAUGGGCGGGCCGGCUCCGGAGGGAGCGCUUCCUUCUCACUCUAAUAGGUUGAAGAGUCAGGGGGAGCUAAGAUGUCAAGACAGAUUUCCCCCUUGUGUGAACUAAUAGAAUAUAAUACCACAAUAUUGUCUUAUCUUCUAUAUUUUCCAAUUCCAAUUGUCUUCGCUGCUUUUCAAAAAGGAAAAUGUAUCAUUAAAUUUGAAUUUUGUCAUUUCGGAAUUGACUGGAAUUAGAAUGGAACUGACUCCAACCCUGUUUUGUACUAAGUAGGGUGCCAGUAUAGACAUUGGGACAUACUCUAUGAUUAGAACCUGAGUGACUCAUUGCUUCCCUGUUUGUGUUUCCCCCACUAGGACAAGUGUUACCAGUACUGGCCAGACCAGGGCUGUUGGACCUAUGGCAAUGUCCGGGUGGCUGUGGAAGACAUUACUGUGCUGGUGGACUACACCAUACGGAAGUUCUGCAUACAAUAUGUAAGUGCAACGCUCAGCCCAGUCUAAGCUAUUCGCUGCUCUGGCACCCCAAUGGUGGAACAAGCUCCCCCACGACGCCAGGACAGCGGAGUCACUGACCACCUUCCGGAGACACUUGAAACCCUACCUCUUUAAGGAAUACUUGGAAUAGUAUAACAGUAAUCCUUCUACCCCCCCCCCCCCCCCCCCUCCCCCCCCCCCAAGUGGUCCCCCCAUAAGUUGAAUGCACCAAUUUGUAAGUCGCUCUGGAUAAGAGCGUCUGCUAAAUGAUGUAAAAUGUAAGUUAUUAUUAGAUGGUAAUCAUGUGGUUGGAGAUGUGGAAGUGGGUGUUAUUCGAUUGUGACAGUACUGUAGGUUUGGUUGGAAAUGUAAGCGCUUGCCUAUCCUAUAGUUAGUCACUUGUAGUAAUACUAAUGUGAUACUAAUAAGUAUUUGACUGUAAAUAUGUAACCUACAGAGCUCCACAACACGAUGGCCGUAGCAGUCUUAUCAAACUUAAAGGUUGUGCUGUAAACUGUGUGUUCUUGUGUUGCGUGAAUAGAGUAGACUACAGAUAUAGGAUCAUCAUUUAAUCACUCUUUUGUUGCUGAGAAUUUUCCUGCACGGCAGGAAAAUGCAAAGCUGUAUUUUUUAAAGGCGUUUAAAGUUUGUAAUUCCCUUUUUAACAUCUUACACUUGAUUUGCCCUAACGAAAAAUGUAUCAACCCCUACAACAAUGUCCAUUUAAUUAUAAUACACAUGAUAAUUCACAUUUCCUGUUGCUGCAGGAUUAUUUUCCUGCUGUAGCAAACUGGCUCAAAUUAAGAUCCUACAUCUGUACAACACAACACAUGACCCACAGAGUCACAGGACUAUCAAAGCCUACUGCUGCUACUGAUCCCCAGUGACUCACUCUAAUUCAAAGACCCUCCCGCCCAGGGCCCAAGGUCGAAGGUCGGGGACAGGGUCUGUUGUGUGUGCAGCCUGCUGGCCACCACAAGUGUUCCAUGUCCCCGAGCUCACGCUACUCAGUGGUUGUCCGUGGUUUGGCACAGGCCAGCCGGGCUAGUAGCUAGUACCACCAUUUUUACUUGCCUGGAUGACAUUAUACUAGCUUACACUCUUAGAAAAAAAAGCUGUUAUCUACAACCUAAUGGCUGUCCUCAUAGGAGAACCCUUUGAAGAACCCUUUUUGGUUUCAGGUAGAACCCUUUUUGGUUCCAUGCAGAACCCUUUCCACAGAGGUAGUAUCUGGUUUAUAGUAAUGACUCUCUAUGUAGUAUCUGGUUUAUAGUAAUGACUCUAUGUAGUAUCUGGUUUAUAGUAAUGACUCUCUAUGUAGUAUCUGGUUUAUAGAAAUGACUACCUAUGUAGUAUCUGGUUUAUAGUAAUGACUCUAUGUAGUAUCGGUUAUAGUAAUGACUGGAUCUCUUCUAUGAUCUAGUAGUAUCUGGUUAUAGUAAUGACUCUAUGUAGUAUUGGUUAUAGUAAUGACUCUAUGUAGUAUCUGUUAUAAUAAUGAUCUAUGUAGAUGGUUUAUAGUAAUGACUCUAUGUAGUAUCUGGUUUAUAGUAAUGACUUAUGUAGUAUCUGGUUUACUUUAGUAAGUGACUCUAUGUAGUAUCUGGUUUAUAGUAAUGACUCUAUGUAGUAUUGGUUUAUAGUAAUGACUCUAUGUAGUAUCUGGUUUAUUAGAAUGACUCUAUGUAGUAUUUAAGGAUUCUAGUAGUAUCUGGUUUAUAGUAAUGACUCCUAUGUAGUAUCUGGUUUAUAGUAAUGACUCUAUGUAGUAUCUGGUUUACAGUAAUGACUCUAUGUAGUAUCUGGUUUAUAGUAAUGACUCUAUGUAGUAUCUGGUUUACAGUAAUGACUCUAUGUAGUAUCUGGUUUAUAGUAAUGACUCUUAUGUAGUAUCUGGUUUAUAGUAAUGACUCUAUGUAGUAUCUGGUUUAUAGUAAUGACUCUAUGUAGUAUCUGGUUUAUAGUAAUGACUCUAUGUAGUAUCUGGUUUAUAGUAAUGACUCUCUAUGUAGUAUCUGGUUUAUAGUAAUGACUCUAUGUAGUAUCUGGUUUAUAGUAAUGACUCUAUGUAGUAUCUGGUUUAUAGUAAUGACUCUAUGUAGUAUUUGGUUUAUAGUAAUGACUCUUAUGUAGUAUCUGGUUAUAGUAAUGACUCUAUGUAGUAUCUGGUUUAUAGUAAUGACUCUAUGUAGUAUCUGGUUUAUAGUAAUGGACUCUAUGUAGUAUCUGGUUUAUAGUAAUGACUCUAUGUAGUAUCUGGUUAUAGUAAUGACUCUAUGUAGUAUCUGGUUUAUAGUAAUGACUCUAUGUAGUAUCUGGUUUAUAGUAAUGACUCUAUGUAGUAUUUGGUUUAUAGUAAUGACUCUAUGUAGUAUCUGGUUUAUAGUAAUGACUUCUAUGUAGUAUCUGGUUUAUAGUAAUGACUCUCUAUGUAGUAUCUGGUUUAUAGUAAUGACUCUCUAUGUAGUAUCUGGUUUACAGUAAUGACUCUAUGUAGUAUCUGGUUUAUAGUAAUGACUCUAUGUAGUAUCUGGUUUACAGUAAUGACUCUAUGUAGUAUCUGGUUUAUAGUAAUGACUCUGUACUGUUAGUAGAUCUUGGUAGUAUCUGUUAAGUAAUGACUCUAUGUAGUAUCUGGUUUAUAGUAAUGACUACCUAAUGUAGUAUCUGGUUUAUAGUAAUGACUCUAUGUAGUAUCUGGUUUAUAGUAAUGACUCUCUAUGUAGUAUCUGGUUUAUAGUAAUGACUACCUAUGUAGUAUCUGGUUUAUAGUAAUGACUCUCUAUGUAGUAUCUGGUUUAUAGUAAUGACUCUCUAUGUAGUAUCUGGUUUAUAGUAAUGACUACCUAUGUAGUAUCUGGUUUAUAGUAAUGACUCUCUAUGUAGUAUCUGGUUUAUAGUAAUGAUUCUCUAUGUAUUAUCUGGUUUAUAGUAAUGACUCUAUGUAGUAUCUAGUUUAUAGUAAUGACUCUAUGUAGUAUCUGGUUUAUAUUAAUGAUUCUCUAUGUAGUAUCUGGUUUAUAGUAAUGACUCUCUAUGUAGUAUCUGGUUUAUAGUAAUGAUUCUCUAUGUAGUAUCUGGUUUACAGUAAUGACUCUAUGUAGUAUCUGGUUUACAGUAAUGACUCUGUAUGUCUGCUCUGUGUGUCCUCUCCUGUAGCAGGCCAGUGACGGCACCAAGCCCUCCAGGCUGGUCACCCAGCUCCACUUCACCAGCUGGCCUGAUUUUGGGGUGCCCUUCUCCCCCAUCGGCAUGCUCAAGUUCCUCAAGAAAGUCAAGACGGUCAACCCGUCCUUCGCUGGUCCCAUCAUGGUCCACUGCAGGUACCUUAUACUGGGAUGUAGUCUUUCAGACAUUUCAACUGUUUUAGUGUACAUAGUAACCUCAAGGUUACAUUCCCACCUAUCUUUAGUGAGAGAGAUCUAACUACCAUUCUAAUAUUCUCAGACGCUAAAUAGUUGACUCCUUGGCCUUCUCUGUCCUUUGUCUCUGCAGUGCUGGUGUGGGAAGGACAGGGACCUUCAUUGUGAUUGACGGUGUGAUUGACAUGAUGCACCAAGAGCAGAAGAUUGACGUCUUUGGUUUUGUGUCCAAGAUAAGAGACCAGCGCUCACAGCUUGUGCAGACGGACGUGAGUAGGGUGAAAUAAACAGCAGGGUCACAACACUAUUUCCUGCAAGGCGUCAGUCUAUGUUACUCUUAGUACUGGGACUAGCAAUAUGUCCAAAAGUAAGUUCUAAAUGUGUAUUUGUAAAGUAAACUAUAAAAAAUAGAGGUCCAAGAAUCUAUCCCUGUGGAACAGCACACUUCUUCUUCUUCUCUUCUUCUCUUCUUCUUCUUCUUCUUCUUCUUCUUCUUCUUCUUCUUCUUCUUCUUCUCUUCAGCUUAAUCAUCUCUUCUUCUUCUUCUUCUUCAGCUUAAUCAUCUUCUUCUUCUUCUUCUCUUCAGCUUAAUCAUCUUCCUUCUUCUGCUUCUUCUUCUUCUUCUUCAGCUUAAUCAUCUUCUUCUUCUUCUUCUUCUUCUUCUUCUUCUUCUUCUUCUUCUUCUUCUUCUUCUAGUGCUCUAAAUAUGUGUUUUGUCUUCCUCUGUGGCCUCCAGAUGCAGUACUCGUUCAUCUAUCAGGCCCUGUUGGAAUACUACCUCUACGGCGACACAGAGCUGGACGUGUCAUCUCUGGAAGGACACCUGCACAAACUCCACAACACCCACGCCCCCUUGGACAGGGUCGGUCUGGAGGAGGAGUUCAAAGUGAGAGCCGGGGGUCCUGUCUCUCUGACAUGGUUAUAGUAGAUGAGAUAUAGCCCCUUCGCUACGUGCAAUUUAGGAUCCUUGAAAAUCUAUGUAUGACUAUAAUAGCAAUUGUGGCAUCGUGUAUAAAUUAUUCUAUAUUAGUUUGCAUUUCCAUUAUCUUGAAAUAUUUGAUAUGCUGAUAAAUGUAUUUUACGUGUACUUUUACACCCUGACAAUUUUCUGUCCCCUCCCCACCUCCAGAAACUGACCAACAUGCGGAUAAUGAAGGAGAACAUGAGGAUGGGAAAUCUCCCUGCCAACAUGAAGAAGAACAGAGUGCUCCAGAUUAUUCCAUGUAAGGAACGCCGGAAAAAGUUACAACACACAAACUGAAUCCCAGUCUGUUUCCCCAGUCCAGUAGCACCACGUUGCGUCAUGCAGUAUUGUUUAACGUGUGACAGAUUGUGACCCACAGAUUAUAUUGUGUUCAUGUCAACCUUUCAGAACGAGAAGAGAGAUAUUAUUAAAUCUCUUAUUCCCUUGGUUCUCUUACCUAAACUGCAUUCAUGCAGAAGUAGCCAGGAAAUCCACUGUAUAAUGUACCUUUUCAUAUUUGGUAUUGAUAUAUUUAAACCUGCAUGGGACUGACGUUGAGAGAUCGUUUAUCCGGUCAUCUUGUGGUUUUAUCUGAUAAAACGCUUUUUUUUUUUUUUUUUUUUUUUUUGCUGUUCUUUGGGUUGAGUGAUGCGUUUUUCAUUGCCUUGCCUCUGAGCUUGCAAAUAGUGUUUGGGAAAUGGGAUCCGAACAAGCCUUUUUUAGGUUGCAUCUCAAAGGGCACCCUAUUCUCUGUUUAGUGCACUACUUUGGACCAGGGUUCAUAGGGCUCGGAAUUAAUGCCUGAACUUAUCUUUUGGUUAAGAUAUGGCACAAUGUGCCGUAAUUAAAAACGGCGCCACACAGGUCGUAAUCUACAGACGGCGCCACACAGCGUAAUUAAAACGCCAAGCCAUGUCGUAAUUCUGCAGUUACGAUGAUGAGGGGUCGUGUUUUAUUUGGAGAGUUGCAAUGUUAUGUGAUUGAUAUACUCUAUGUACUGUCUUUGUAGUUAUCUCCCGUUUUAAUAUUUUAUUUUGAUCUUGAAUUUAUUUUUCAGAUGACUUCAACAGAGUGAUUGUGUCCAUGAGAAGAGGCCAAGAGUUUACCGACUACAUCAACGCAUCUUUUAUAGACGUAAGUAAACAUUACAAUACUCACUACUACACCAAUGAGUAAAUGUGAAUCAAUGUCACAUUUGUUCUCAGUUCUUAUAUAUAUAUUUUUUUGCAGUAUAUUAAAGUAUAUAUUCAUACACUGCAAUCUGCAAAGUUUCAAGGAAGUUGUACCGAUGUAACAUGGGGGGUAAUGACUGUACCGUAUGCUGUGGUGGGGGGUCCUCAGGGCUACAGGCAGAAGAUGUAACAUGGGGGGUAAUGACUGUACCGUAUGCUGUGGUGGGGGGUCCUCAGUGUACAGGCAAGAAGAUGUAACAUGGGGGGUAAUGACUGUACCGUAUGCUGUGGUGGGGGGUCCUCAGGGCUACAGGCAGAAGAUGUAACAUGGGGGUAAUGACUGUACCGUAUGCUGUGGUGGGGGGUCCUCAGGGCUACAGGCAGAAGAUGUAACAUGGGGGGUAAUGACUGUACCGUAUGCUGUGGUGGGGGGUCCAGGGCUACAGGCAGAAGAUGUAACAGGGGGGGGGGUAGACUGUAAGUGCUUGUGGGGGGGGGUGACCUGGGGGGUAGUCGAGUGUGGUGGGGGGUCCUCAGGGCUACAGGCAGAAGAUGUAAAUGGGGGGUAAUUGACUGUACCGUAUGCUGUGGUGGGGGUCCUCAGGGCUACAGGCAGAAGAUGUAACCAUGGGGGGUAAUGACUGUACCGUAUGCUGUGGUGGGGGGUCCUCAGGGCUACAGGCAGAAGAUGUAACAUGGGGGGUAAUGACUGUACCGUAUGCUGUGGUGGGGGGUCCUCAGGGCUACAGGCAGAAGAUGUAACAUGGGGGGUAAUGACAUAGUACCGUAUGCUGUGGUGGGGGUCCUCAGGGCUACAGGGCAGAAGAUUGUCACAUGGGGGGUAAUGACUUGUACCGUAUGCUGUGGUGGGGGGUCCUCGGGCUACAGGCAGACCGUACCGGAGCUGUGAUCCUUACAGGCAUGUAACAUGGGGGGUAAUGACUGUACCGUAUGCGUGUGGUGGGGGUCCUCAGGGCUACAGGCAAGACAGGCAGAAGGAUGGCUGAUUAAGCGAUUCACUGUGCUUACAGGGAGGAGACGGACGUAUUUGGGCCUGGGACAGGCAAGGGCACUUCAAUCGACCCAGGGGGGUCUCACACGUGGAGGCUACUGAAGGUGGGCGGGAGGGGCGAUUCCAUCGUAAUGCUGACUGAAUACAGAGAAGGGAAGUGAAGGUAUUCCAAAGAAAUGUCAUUUAAUUUGUUAUUUAAAAGUAAAAAAAAUAUUUAACCUUUAUUUGACUAGGCAAAUCAGAUUUACAAAUUCUUAUUUACAAUGACGGCCUACCAAGAGGCAAAAGGCCUCCUGCGGGGACGGGGGCUGGGAUUAAAAAUAAAAAUAUAGGACAAAACACACAUCACGACAAGAGAGACACCACAACACUACAUAAAGAGAGAGCCACAAACACUACAUAAAGAGAGACACCACAACCUACAUAAAGAGAGAACCACAACACUACAUAAAGAGAGACAACCACAACACUACAUACAAGAGAGACCCCCACAACACUACAUAAAGAGAGACACCACAACACUACAUAAAGAGACACCACAACACUACAUAAAGAGAGGGCACCACAACACUACAUAAAGAGAACCACAACACUACAUAAAAAGAGACGCCACAAACACUACAUAAAGAGAGACACCACAACACUACAUAAAGAGAGACCCACACACACUACAUAAAGAGAGACGCCACAACACUACAUAAAGAGAGACACCACAACACUACAUAAAGAGAGACACCACAACACUACAUAAAGAGAGACACCACAACACUACAUAAAGAGAGACCACCACAAAAACUACAUAAAGAGAGACACCACAACACUACAUAAAGAGAGACACCACAACACUACAUAAAGAGAGACACCAAACACUACAUAAAGAGAGACCCACAACACUACAUAAAGAGAGACGCCCACAACACUACAUAAAGAGAGACGGCCACAACACUACAUAAAGAGAGACACCACAACAACUACACAUAAAGAGAGACACCACCCACACUACAUAAAGAGGACGCCACAACACUACAUAAAGAGAGACGGCCACAACACUAAUAAAGAGAGACACCACAACAUACAUAAGAGAGACACCCCAACACUACAUAAAGAGAGACGCCACAACACUACAUAAAGAGACACCCACAACACUACAUAAAGAGAGCACCACCACAACACUACAUAAAGAGAGACACCCACAACACUACAUAAAGAGAACCACAACACUACAUAAAGGAGAGACCACAACACUACAUAAAGAGAGACGCCACAACACUACAUAAAGAGAGACCACCACAACACUACAUAAAGAGAGACACCACAACACUACAUAAAGAGAGGACGCCACAACACUACAUAAAAAGAGAGACCACAACACUACAUAAAGAGAGACGCCACAACACUACAUAAAGAGAGACGCCACAACACUACAUAGAGAGUCCACCACACAUGAGACACCAAACCUAAUAAAGAUAGACAUCAACACUACAUAGAGAGAGGACAAAACACUACAUAAAGAGAACACCACAACAUACUAAAGAGAGACACCACAACACUACAUAAAGAGAGACGCCACAAACACUACAUAAAGAGAGACGCCACAACACUACAUAAAGAGAGACACCACAACACUACAUAAAGGAGACACCACAACACUACAUAAAGAGAGACACCACAACACUACAUAAAGAGAGACACCACAACACUACAUAAAGAGAGACACCACAACACUACAUAAAGAGAGACGCCACAACACUACAUAAAGAGAGACACCACAACACUACAUAAAGAGAGACACCACAACACUACAUAAAGAGAGACACCACAACACUACAUAAAGAGAGGACCACCACAACACUACUAAAGAGGACACCACAACACUACAUAAAGAGAGACACCACAACACUACAUAAAGAGAGACACCACAACACUACAUAAAGAGAGACGCCAACAAACACUACAUAAAGAGCGACACCACAACACUACAUAAAGAGAGACGCCACAACACUACAUAAAGAGAGACGCCACAACAACUACAUAAGAGAGGACACCACAACCACUACAUAAAGAGAGACACCACAACACUACUAAAGAGAGACGCCACACACUACAUAAGAGACACCACCACACUACAUAAAGAGAGACCCACAACACACAUAAAGAGGACACCCACAACAUACAGAAAGAGAGACACACAACACUAAUAAAGAGAGAACCACAACACUACAUAAAGACACCACGAGAACACAUCUAAAAGACUGGGACAACACUCACUACAUAAAGAGAGACACCACAACACUACAUAAAGAGAAGAGACUACAACACUACUUAAAGAGAGACACCACAACAUACAUAAAGAGAGCACAAAACACUACAUAAAGCGAGACGCCACAACACUACAUAUAAUCUGUGGGUCACAAUCUGUCACACGGUUAAGAAAUUGCAUGAGCAACGUUGUACUGGACUGGGAAAGACUGGGAUUCAGUUUGUGUGUUGUAACUUUUUCCGGGCGUUCCUUAAAUGGAAUAAUCUGGGCACUCUGUCUUCUUCAUUUGGCUGGGAGAUUUCCCCUCCUCCUGUUCUCCUUCCUUAUCCAUUUUCGGUCAGUUUCUGGAGGUGGGGAGGGGACAGAAAAUUGUCAGGGUGUAAAAGUACACGUAAAAUACAUUUAUCAGGAUAUCAAAUAUUUCAAGAUAAUGGAAAUGCAAACUAAUAUAGAAUAAUUUAUACACGAUGCCACAAUUGCUAUUAUAGUCAUACAUAGAUUUUCAAGGAUCCUAUAUUGGCCCCAGUGAUGUACUAGGCCGUACGCACUGCCCUCUGUAGCGCAUUACGGUCGGAGGCCAAGCAGUUGCCAUACCAGGCGGUGAUGCAACCGGUCAGGAUGCUCUCGUUGGUGCAGCUGUAGAACCUUUUGAGGAUCUGAGAGCCCAUACCAAAUCUUUUCAGUCUCCUGAGGGGAAAAGGUGUUGUGGUGCCCUCUUCACGACUGUCUUGGUGUUUUUGGACCAUUAUAGUUUGUUGGUGAUGUGGACACCAAUGAACUUGAAACUCUCGACCCACUCCACUACAUCCCCAUCGAUGUUAAAUGGGGGCCUGUUCGGCCCUCCUUUUCCUGUAGUCCACGAUCAGCUCCUUUGUCUUGCUCACAUUGAGGGAGAGGUUGUUGUCCUGGCACCACACUGCCAGGUCUCUGACCUCCUUGGUGAUCAGGCCUACCAUUAUUGUGUCGUCAGCAAACUUAAUGAUGGUGUUGGAGUCAUGCCUGGCCAUGCAGUCAUGGGUGAACAGGGAGUACAUGAGGGGACUGAGCACGCACCCCUGAGGGGCCCCUGUGUUGAGGAUCAGCGUGGCAGAUGUGUUGUGCCUACCCUUACCAGCUGGGGGUGGCCCGUCAGGAAGUCCAGGAUCCAGUUGCAGAAGGAGGUGUUUAGUCCCAGGGUCCUUAGCUUAGUGAUGAGCUUUGAGGGCACUAUGGUAUUGAACGCUGAGCUGUAGUCAAUGAAUAGCAUUCUCACAUAGGUGUUCCUUUUGUCCAGGUGGGAAAGGGCAGUGUGGACUGCGAUUGAGAUUGCGUCAUCUGUGGAAUUGGAGUGGGUCUAGGGUUUUCCAGGACGAUGGUGUUGAUGUGAGCCAUGACCAGCCUUUCAAAGCACUUCAUGGCUACCGACGUGAGUGCUACGGGGCGGUAGUCAUUUAGGCAGGUUACCUUCGCUUUCUUGGGCACGGGGACUAUGGUGGUCUGCUUGAAACAUGUUGGUAUUACAGACUCUGUCAGGGAAGACACUUGCCAGUUGGUCCGCGCGUGCUCUGAGUACACGUCCUGGUAAUCCGUAUUCACUUACUGCUACUGCACCUCAGUUGUCUACUGCUAACAAAGAUCUGAAACUAGGACCUCUUACAUGAUUUGAGUUAUUGUAAUAUUGUACUAGGUUACUGUUCUUACAUGAUUUGAGUUAUUGUAAUAUUGGAUGUCUUCUUACAUGUCUUCUUCUUCUUCUAUUAUUUGACGGUAAUGUAAUCUCUAUUCUAUCCAGUACUCUGUGUUAAUCUCCUGUCCGUGUCUCCUGCAGGACAAGUGUUUCCAGUACUGGCCCACAGAGGACUCAGUGACCUAUGGAAACUACACUGUAGAGAUCAAGGGAGACACCGUUUGUGACACCUUCAGUCUACGGGACCUGGUACUCACCUACGGCCCAGUAAGUUAACAUACCCUGAGGUGGUGAGGGACUUAAAGCAAUAGUUUAUUGAGAUUUUUUUGCCUUAACCUUCGUCUUACCUCAAGAGAGGAGUCUAUGAUUAAUCACAGCAAUACAGUGUUUGUCAUGCUAUCAUAUUGCUAAUCUUGUAACCCUCGACCAAAUUAGAUGUUAACAGUCGUCACGAGAAACUAGCGUAUUGCUAGAAUUUGCAUCCGAAACGCUAAACUAUCUUUCCAAACCUAGCAAAUUGCUAAAAUUAGCUCCCAAACGCUAAGCUAUCUUACCAAACCUAGCAAAUUGCAAAAAUUAGGUCCCAGUGCUAAAUUAUCCGUCCAAACCUAGCAUAUUGCUAAAAUGAGCAUCCUAAAAGCUACAUUAUCUUUUCAAACCUGGGUUUCCAUGUUUUCAGGAUAAGCAGACACGUCUGGUCCGCCACUUCCACUUCCACGGCUGGCCAGAGAUCGGGAUCCCAGCCGAGGGGAAAGGAAUGAUCGACAUCAUCGCCUCGGUGCAGAAACAGCAACAGCAGUCAGGAAACCAUCCCAUCAUCGUACACUGCAGGUAGCUAAGACUCUGACCCUUAUCACCAUGUGGUGGGAUAUACUUCCUAACACUUUUACACUUUACUCUUACCUAAGUAACACUUUUAUACCACUUUAAAUGUACUUCGGUAACCCUUUUUUUUUUCGGUAACACUUUGGGCUUUUAUAGUUUGUUCAGCAUUCUUUAGGCAGGACUCCAACCCCCCAAAAGUGUGACUUUAACUAGCAACCCAUUACAACAGUCACAAAACCCCAAAGUCACUGUUUUUCUUGAAUGUUCUGUUGUGUUAGUGCUGGUGCAGGGCGAACAGGUACGUUCAUUGCACUGAGCAAUAUCCUGGAGCGGGUCAAGGCUGAGGGCUUACUGGACGUGUUUCAGACUGUGAAGAGUUUACGGAUGCAGAGGCCACAUAUGGUCCAGACCGUGGUGAGGACUUUGACACAAAUCACCGUUUGUUACACCAAAACCGUUUCCUCUGAAAAAUAUUUUGAACCUAUUCUAAUUUCCAAAGAAUCCAAUAUUUUAACGUAGUUUUGUCUCACAUCAUAAUUGACCAUGUAUCUAUCGGUCCCAAUGCCAGUAAUAGAUAAUACAAUAUCAGAAUGUGUCUUUGGUGCUCUGGCUGACAGUAAAAUGAUCAAAACAGAUAUAAAACAUUGAACAUUUAACAUGUCAGUUCAUCGGAGUCUUAUUUAGAAUUGUCCCUGAUGGUUCUAAAUUCUUUCCACAGGAACAAUACGACUUCUGCUACCGGGUGGUACAAGACUUUGUGGACAUUUUCUCAGACUAUGCCAAUUUUAAAUGAUGAAAUAUUUGCCUUAAACAUCAUUUUGUUCAAUGUUGUUUUUGAAAUACCACUUGGUCAUGAUUUGCGUUAAAAUGUCCUUAAAAUAAUUAAAUGGUUUUCUAUUUUGCUAUGCACUUGUCCUUACUGUAACUAAAACUCCAUCCCUCGCUGUAAUAUACUGUAUGUCAAUGGGACGAAAAUUGUAAAUGCCAAAAGUAAGAUAAAUAAUGUAUAUCUCACAUCAUGUAUAAAAAAUUAUUUUGUAAUGAAAUUCAAGUGUUAUUUUAACCUUGGUCGCUUUAUUCACAUAUUUAGUUGUUGUAUGAUACUGUACUUUUGUUAAAAUCUUGUUUUAUUCAGACUGAGUGUUUAUUGAUUUGACCGUACGUGUAAUAUUUUUGAGUGUGUAGCUAUUGUAAAUGUUUUAUGUAUUGUUGCAGACCUUCCAUUUAUUGCAUUCUAAGAACGUCAUGUGAAUAUUAUUAAGAUAUUCGGACAUUUAUCGAUGACUUCUAUCUGUGACUAGAGGUGAUAACUCAUCUGUCUUUAAUUUUAUUGGAAAUAACCCGUUUUAAAAUAUUAAGGUCUUUACAAUGCAAGAUAAGUCUCUUUUUUUUUUUU